AUGGUACAUCCUGCUGUGAUGUAUCCAUGGAAUGACUCCUUCAAGCUUGACAGUAGUAUAGGUGCAACGUCAGGCGGAAGCUGGAGAGAGGGUGACAGCGGUGGUCCUCUCACCUGCAAAGAUAACAAUGCAGACUACUUCUGGCUUGUUGGAGUGACCAGCUGGAGGAAAGGCUGUGCGAGAGCAAAACAGCCCAGAGUCUACACCUCCGCUCAGCACUUUUACGACUGGAUCCUGCUACAGAUGGGACUGCGCCCAGCAGGAAGGGGCACUCCAACAUCACGGGCAUGGAGUCAUUUUCUCACCGCCUCAACUCCCUUUCAGAGGCCAAGCCCAAUACCAACCCAGUCGGGCAGGUUUAGCUCCUGCCCAUUUCCACUCCAGAGGCUGGUGGAGUUCUUCACUUGGGUGCAGGAGCUCCUGCAGGUCCUGAGAGGAAGAAAGGCUUGAGCAGCAGGCUGAGAAGGAUCCAGUGCAGGCUGGAGCAUAGCAGCACUGGAUCCUUCUCCGGCAAUGGCUGCUCAUCCAAAGGCAGCCUCAGUGUCAAAGGCC